CAUUUAUGAGUCUCAAGAACAGAUUUAUUGUCCACUGGAGAAUCACUGGUUGUGUAUAUAAAUGCGAGUGUGUGUUGGGCUGGAGAGAGAGAGACAGCUGACACAGAGAGGAGAUUUACUCACAGCAUAUCUUCAACUGCUCAAACAACAUGUCUCAGCCGGGUCAGGAGGAAGAUGAACAAAUACAGCGUCCUGAGGUGAGCGAAGAGGACCUGACUGAAGCAAAGAACAAACUGGGAAGAAGUGGGCCAGCGAAGAGCAAGACGUUUGAAGUAAUGGAGGAGUGUGAGAAAAUGGGCAAAACUGCUCCCUCUGUGUUCAGCGGAGUGAGGUCAGGAGGGGAGACUGUUUUCAACACACGCUCAGCUCGACCUAUCAGGAAGUAACAGUGGACUUCCUCACUAUGCUUGGACAGCACCUGUUCCACGUUAAGGGCUUGGGAUUAGUUGUUCUCCAGCUGUUUGUGUGCUCUCAAGCUUGUGUUUUUGCACUCAGUUUUGUCUGGUUAUGAUAUGUUUUUGCACUUUUAUUAAGUUGAUAAUUAACUUCCUUAAACAGAAGAAUUUCUACGUACUGGUAAGCCAGUUUUCUAUUUCUGAAAUACAUAAUUUUGUUUAUUUAACCACUGUUGCAGUUUCUGUCACACCAGCAUUCACCCACUUUUUCAGGUUGCAGGGUGAUAAUGAAGGAACAUUAGAGCAAUACAACUGAAACCUUAGGCCUUUUUCACUUUCAUUUUGACUUGUCAUAGUAGGAAAAGCACAGCUGUUACUAAUGGUAUUAACCAUGCAUGGGUGGAUUUUGAGAGAAUGAGCCCCUGGGCACAGAUAUGCAAAAGGCCCCACCACCUCUACAACACAGGAGCAAGACACACAAACAUGCACGCUAACACUUUUGGCCCCUGAACCCGGGCCUAGUAGGCCCUUUCAGUAGUCCAUCCAAGUAUCCAUGGCGCCAUUCUGUUCCAGUAACAGUGGGUGUUUCUCAAUGUCAAGGAAGGAUCCUCAAGCGGACGAAUUUCAAGGACGCUACAUUAUCAAACCCCUUAUGAACUGCUCCAAUGUCAAGGAUCCUUCAAAUUCUACCGAGGACAGAGUCCUUCAUUCAGAAAAUUUUCAAGGAUGCAUGUGUGUAUCCUCUGCAGGUAUAAAAUACCCACAAUUCUUUGUGUAUGAUUUGCUGGAUGAAACUUUAGAUAAACAUGUCAUUGAUUUGGAUUAAUGUCUACAGGAGUUUUUAUCAUACAAGUGUGAACAAAUAUUGACAGAAACCUCAUAAUUUACACUUUACAAUGUGUCCACUGCAGAAUGAGAUUUUUUAAAAUAACGUGAUUUAGAUAAAACAUAAGUGUUUAAAGCAAUCAUUUACAGCAGUGAUAGAGCGCUAAGUGCCACAAGUUUCAUUUAGCCUGUUUUUUUUCUUUAUAAUCCAGAAAUAUAUUCUCCCUAGAAGUCAUAUGACUCUGAAAAUACUGCUACAUUUGUUCAAAUUUUACAACAUUAGAGAGCGCCAAAAUGAUCACAGUAACUGAAACCUCCUCAGUCUGCUGAAGGUUAAUGACAUACACCUAGGGACACUUGUUAGCCUGUUCCACUGUGUGUUCAUUGAAUACUAGGACAAGGACUCUCACCUUGCCUCUGGAGGAUCCUUCCAUGGACUUUGAGAAACACCGAGUGAGCCAGCACGCACAAUACCAGCAUCCUGAACAAAGCAGCUAAAUGGAAUUAAGCCAUUGUUAAUUUUAUUAAUUACACCUGUGCUUUUCCUGCUGUGACAAGACAAAAUAUCUUCUGUAAAAGACAAGGAGGUUAAAAAGAGAAGUCACAGCACCAUAUUGCCUCAUGUUACUGGGGUACAACAUGUGCAGUAAAAUCCGUUCUGCACUUUUCAAAAGGCUCAAUAGCUGGCACACUAUCAUAGAACAUGAGGAUGAUUGAUUCUUUUCAUUGUGGCAUCUGCAAUCUGACAUACAUUUGGAAAGAUAUAGGUGAGAAUAAGAAUCUUGCAAGUAUUGAAAAGAACCUUAAUAGAAGACCAAAGCAGAUCCUUUCUAUAUAAAAAUGUUCUACUGUGUAUCAGCUGCCAUCCAUGAGUGCAUCCAAAAAGCUCUGUUGGGCCAAACACAUUCAAAUGGGCUAAAAAUAAAAAUAGCUCACCAAAGUGAGCAGACAUCCCUCUAUUCAUAGCGCCAUCUGCUGUAACCCUCUAACAUCACAGCUCCAGUUACACUGCGCAUGUGUCAUACCCCAAAGCUCCCAUAGGGUUGAAGAGCGUGCCCCCUCUUUUGAAAAGCCUUGAUGAAAAAGGCCUAUCGUACAAUAGACUGGCAAGAAAAUACAUGUUGACAUUAAAAAUAAGUUGAAAUCUU